AUGGCUGCCUCUGUGUUCUGCUGCCUGCGGUGCUGCAGAGACAGCGGAACAGGACACAUUCCUCUGAAGGAGAUGCCAGCUGUGCAGUUGGACACACAGCACAUGGGAACAGAUGUUGUUAUUGUAAAAAAUGGAAGAAGAAUAUGUGGAACAGGAGGUUGUUUAGCCAGUGCACCUUUACAUCAAAACAAAAGCUACUUUGAAUUCAAAAUCCAGUCCACAGGAAUCUGGGGUGUUGGUGUCGCAACUCAGAAAGUUAACUUAAAUCAGAUUCCUCUUGGCCAAGAUGUACACAGCCUGGUGGUGAGAAAUGAUGGAGCUCUGUACUACAACAAUGAGGAGAAAAACAGACUGCCAGCCAACAGCCUUCCACAGGAGGGAGACGUGGUGGGUGUUACAUUUGACCAUGUAGAAUUAAAUGUAUAUUUGAAUGGAAAAAACAUGCAUUGUCCAGCAUCAGGUAUAAGAGGGACAGUGUAUCCAGUUGUUUAUGUUGAUGACAGUGCAAUUUUGGAUUGCCAGUUCAGUGAAUUUUAUCAUACUCCUCCACCUGGUUUUGAAAAAAUACUAUUUGAACAACAGAUCUUCUGAAUGUAUUUGUUGUUGAAACUUAUAUUUCUGCACUUUUGA